UUGAGGUAAAACCGAUUCUCGUUGACACAAAUGGAAUACUCUUCUAGAUGAGACAAUCGUAAUGUUAAAUUAUGGUCAUUCUGAAUGUAGAUCCUCAUUUAUCAUGAACUUUUCAAAUCUAAAAGCUGAUUUAUAGAUAUUUCAACACAACGAAAGUGACUUUCUCAUCAAAAGGACCAAGAAUAAAUAGAUGUGUUUACCAGGAGACGGUCCUGUCAGGUAGGGAGUUCACUCGACUGGUCGCUGUCUUUGAUUGGUAUCCUCCUACGGUACCUUUUAUGAAACAGAUUGUAAAUGGAAAAGUUUCUUACUUUGCAACUUCGAAAAUGAAUACAACAAAUUCGAGCAACUCCACUGAGGAUCACAUGUGGGAGUCCUCUGUGCCCCCUGCCCUUCAAUUUGCGUUUGGGGUGAUAGGAAACGCGAUAGCCCUUGUAGUGUUGAUUUUGUCUUCCAAAGACCAUCAAUGGAGACCAUUCUAUCGCCUAGUAUUUGGCCUGGCCCUGACGGACGGAGGAGGAAUUCUUUGUGUUUAUCCAACUGUUAUGAUACGAUAUGCUUCAAACUUUACUUUCGAAUUUCCGAAAAGUUUGUGUGAUUACAGUUCAUUUAUUUACACAUUCACACUAAUGUCAUCUGCCAUGAUUAUAUGUGCGAUGUCAUUUGAUCGCUUUUUUGCUAUUCUCUUUCCAAUCCUCUAUAAUAACUCAACGAAUAAAGGACGCAGAACGAACUGCGUCCUUGCUGUGAUUUGGUCAAUAGGACUUCUCCUCUCCACGUUGCAUUUAAUGGGACUAGGUUCUAGCCACAACUACUAUCCCAAGUCGUGGUGUUUUCUGAACUUCGUUGGAAGAUCUCCCCGGGAUCGCAUCAAUUCCUACAUCUAUUCAGUGUUUGGAUUGCUCGUUCUGAUCUGUACAAUCGCUGUGAACAUCUCCGUGAUUCUGACCGUGUGUAGAAACCGGAGAAGUAAUAACAAGUGGUCUAAACGACGGCUGCAUAGUGAUGUGUACAUCAUCAUCUUCUUAUUGGUCAUCGUCAUCGUGUUCACCACGUGCUGGGCCCCUCUCAUGGUUGUGAUUUUUUCCCACGCUACGUCACUAAUGGGGUCAUCAGACGGUGACGGACCGUUAGAACUCCUCGUCCUGAGGUUUGCAGUCAAUAAUUCAAUUGUCGACCCCUGGAUCUACAUUCUGCUGAGGAAGGAAACUCUUAACGGACUGAAAUCGCUGAAAAGAGGAGUGGGGAUUAGGCUUGGGAUCAUCAACGAAUCAUUUCAUAACAACAAUACCGGCAGGAGUUCUGAAAAGGCGCGCCGAAAGUGUCAAACAAAGGUCACAGACACGGGGUCAACAGUCACCGUGGAGAAGAGCGGUGGAUCUGUUUCUCGUCUCAGUGCUUUGGUGUAAAACGUUUAACGAUUGGUCGUCAUUUACUGGAGAGUUGGUAUCUCUAAGAAGUACAACCAAUGAACGAUCACUUUUCAUCUCUCACAUGAACACUCUAUCGAAAUUAUGUGGCGAAUGUCUUCCUUAUUCAUCUUUCCUUCUCGCUUUAUUUCAUUGUAAAUUUUUAACCUUUGCAAAACUAUUCAUACAAGAAUUUCUAGAUUGGGUAAAUUCUGGUAUUCUUCACAUAUGGCAUUCUAGAUAUACACGUAAGUGGUAGUCAGGGGGAGGUGGACUUGUAAUCCUGUACUAGAACUACACGUAAGUGGUGGUAAGGGGUGGACUUGUAAUCCUGUACUAGAACUACACGUAAGUGGUGGUAAGGGGUGGACUUGUACUCCUGUACUAGAACUACACGUAAGUGGUGGUAAGGGGGUGGACUUGUAAUCCUGUACUAGAACUACACGUAAGUGGUGGUAAGGGGGUAGACUUGUAUCAUGUACUAGAACUACACGUAAGUGGUGGUAAGAGGGUGGACUUGUAAUCCUGUACUAGAACUAUAUGUAAGUGGUGGUAAGGAGUGGACUUGUAAUCCUGUACUAGAACUACACGUAAGUGGUGGUAAGGGGGUGGAACUUUACUUCUGUACUAGAACUACACGUAAGUGGUGGUAAGAGGGUGGACUUGUACUCCUGUACUAGAACUACACGUAAGUGGUGGUAAGGGGUGGACUUGUAAUCCUGUACUAGAACUACACGUAAGUGGUGGUAAGGGGGUGGACUUGUACUCCUGUACUAGAACUACACGUAAGUGGUGGUAAGAGGGUGGACUUGUACUCCUGUACUAGAACUACACGUAAGUGGUGGUAAGAGGGUGGACUUGUAAUCCUGUACUAGAACUACACGUAAGUGGUGGUAAGGGGUGGACUUGUAAUCCUGUACUAGAACUACACGUAAGUGGUGGUAAGGGGUGGACUUGUACUCCUGUACUAGAACUACACGUAAGUGGUGGUAAGGGGUGGACUUGUAAUCCUGUACUAGAACUACACGUAAGUGGUGGUAAGGGGGUGGACUUGUACUCCUGUACUAGAACUACACGUAAGUGGUGGUAAGGGGGUGGACUUGUACUCCUGUACUAGAACUACACGUAAGUGGUGGUAAGGGGGUGGACUUGUACUCCUGUACUAGAACUACACGUAAGUGGUGGUAAGGGGUGGACUUGUAAUCCUGUACUAGAACUACACGUAAGUGGUGGUAAGGGGUGGACUUGUAAUCCUGUACUAGAACUACACGUAAGUGGUGGUAAGAGGGUGGACCUUUACCUCUGUACUAAGCCGUUCAUGCUAGCAGUAUUACGUCCUUCAAUGUAUCCUCAUUCAUUUGGUAAAAGUACACGGUCAUUUUUCAUGUUUUUAUUCGUUAUGCGGAGGGGCCUUCGUAGCCGUGUGUUUAGAGCAUCGCGCUCAAAAUCACACGGCCUCUCACCUCUGUCGGCGCGGGUUAGAAUCCCGCUCGCGCUGGUAAGUGAGAAAGUUUCCCAGUUUACUUUCGGAAGGUCGAUGGUCUCUUCCCAGGUACACUGUACAAAUCUGGGUUCUCUCUUCCACCAAUAAAGACUGGGCGCCACCAGAUAACUGAAAAAUUGUUGAGUGUGGCGGAAAACAUCAAUCAAUCGUUAUGCGGAAAACGAUUUACCUCCCCAUAAUCUACAGAAAUGAGGGUAAACACUCAUACGAGUGACGUCAAUCAUAUUUGACUGUAUCACGAUGUGUGUAAGAGGCGAUACACUACAUGUACAUUGGUAUGUAUGUAAAUGUUUGAAUAUGAUGUUAGAAUUAAAAACAUUGCCAAAAAUUAAGAAA